AAAAACAACUGCAACAUCAAAAAACAACAAAUAAAAAAUAAUAAACAAAAAACAAGCGACGUAGACGACGGCCCCCAGGACAAAAAUCAAUUGCAAAAAUUGAAACUUAUGGAUUGCUGGACGGGUAACGCCCGACUGGCGAGUGUUUUAGUUUAAGCAGCGUAAGCUGUCACCGACAUGGGCAGUGAGCACUACUGCUUGAGGUGGAACAAUUACCAAUCCAACCUGUUAGGGGUGUUUAGUCAAUUACUACAAGACGGGAGCCUGGUGGACGUCACAUUAGUUUGUUCAGAGGGCACAUCCAUCAGAGCCCAUAAGGUGGUCCUCUCGGCUUGUUCCUCGUACUUCCAGAGCCUGUUCCUGGAGCAUCCCGAAAGACAUCCAAUUGUGAUAUUGAAGGACGUCCGUUUUGCCGAGCUGCAAACCUUAGUUGAAUUCAUGUACAAGGGCGAGGUGAACGUGCAAUACUGUCAGUUGUCCGCACUGCUCAAGACAGCCGAAUCACUCAAGGUCAAGGGUCUUGCCGAGAUGACAAAUCAGAAUACAACGCUGCGCGAACCGGAACGUGAACCCGAUCGACUGCGUCCCCAUUCGCAGGCCAGCGGCGGCGGCAGUGGCGGUGGCGCCCACAAGGCCGCCGACAGUCCGGCGUCAGCACUGGAUGCGGCUUCUUCAGCGGCGACCUCAGCAGCAGCAGCAGCAGCAGCGGCAGCGGCAUCAGCGGCCACCAGCAGCAGCACGAGCACGAGCACCAGUGGCAGCGGCAGCUCCUCCACCUCAACCUCAGCAACAGCGGCGGCGGCAUCAGCCACAGCGGCGGCUACAGCGGAGAGUUCAGCGACAGGCGGUGGCGGUGGCGGUGGCGGUGGCAGCAGUAGUAGUACAACAGCAACAUCUGCCACAGCAGCAGCAGCCGCAGCGGCAACAUCGGCCACAACAUCUGCCACAACGCCUGCCGAAGAAGCGACAUCCGCGUCCAGCGGCAGCCACAAGCGAGAGGCGAGCGAUCGGUGCAGUCCACCGCCAGCGAAGCGUUACGCAGUCUCCGGCGGCUCGGUGAGGAUCAAUCUCGAUGAGGACGAUGAUGAGGAGGACGAGGAGCUGGAGGAUCAGCUGGUGAGGGGCCUGCAUGUGGGCGAGGAUGCAGACGAUGAUGUUGAUGACAUUGACGAUGUUGGGGAUGACGACGAGGACGAGGAGGAGGACACACCCAUGCCGCUAGAUCUCUAUCAAAGACGUGACGCCGCCUCCGGCUCUGCCUCGGCCUCGACCUCUGUCUUGGCCUCAGGCUCUGGCUCUGGCGGUGAGCAUAAAAAUGUUGCAAGUGCGGCGGCAACAGAGCAGCCGCAGCAGCACCAGCAGCAGAGUGGUGGCACCACCAGCAGCGCCACCGCCAGCAGCAGCAGCAGCAACAACAACAACCUCAGCAACAACAAUAACAACAACUCCAGCAGCAGCAACAACAACAACAGCGGGAGUGGAAGCGGAAGCGGAAGUGGAAGUGGAAGCGGCAUCAAAGCUACCUCAAUGGCUGCCUCGGCUGCCAGCAAUGGCGAAAGCAUCGAUCUGGCUGUGGUCGCCGUCGAGGAUGACGACGACGAUGAGGACGAGGAUGCCCUGCACCAUGACGAGGAUAAUGUCAACACACGGCACAAUGCGGCGGCCCAUCAUCGCCACCGCCACCACCACCACCAUCACGAUGACGAUGAUCUCGAUGACGACGAUGUUGUCGUGGUGGGCAGCGCCUCAGCGGCAUCAGCAGCAGCAGCUGCAGCGGCAGCGGCAGCCACAACCACAGCCUCUGCUGCGGCAGCAGUUGCCCGAGAUAUUGCCCAAAGGAUUGCCCACCAGAGCAUACGCCUGAGCCACCACCAUCAUCAGCACCAGCACCAGCAGCAGCAGCAGCAGCAGCAGCACUCGCACCACCACCAGCAACAGCACUCGCACCACCAACAGCGGCAUCAACAGCACCACAACGAGGAUGAUGACGAUGAGGACGAGACGGUGGUGGGCUCGGGUGGCCUGCCAACCAUACCCAAGACCGAGAUCAUAGACGACGAUUACGACGAUGAGAUGGAUCUCGACGAUGACGAUGAGGCGGACAACAGCAGCAAUGACAUGGGGCUGAACAUGAAGAUAGGAGGCGGCGGCGGUGGUGUAGAUCUCUCCACGGGCUCCACUGUGAUUCCCUCGCCCCUGAUAUCCUUGCCCUCAUCCUCGGCCGCAGCAGCAGCAGCAGCGGCAGCGGCAGCAGCAGCAGCCGCUGUGGCAGCAGUCGAAUCGCAACGCUCAACGCCCGCCGGUGGCGGAGGAGGAGGCAGUGCGACCUGUGCCUCCGAUUUGAGUCUGGGGGCUGGCGGGCGUCCGGCAUCGCGGAGUUCACGUGAUGGCGGACCCGAAGGUCGAGCCGCCUCCAGUCUGCUGAGUCCCGGGACUGUGGCCAAUCUCUUGCCAGUGCAAUCGGUGCCAUUGAGCCUGAAGAAAGAAAUCGAUUGCAGUGAGGACGAUAACAGUAGUCACAGUAGACACAUGCAACCGCGUUCGGCAUCAGCUGGCGGCGGACUGGGCGGCGACCUUGACUAUCGCGCCUCCCACGAAUCGCUGCUGCGCAACUUCACCUCUCCGAUGAGCGCCAUGGCCUCCAGUCGCUGCCCCACGCCAUUCGCCUUCCCCUUCACGCCGCUGGGCCUGAGCCUCUUCGACAUCGAUCCGUCCAGAAUACUUAGCCUGCUCCACCACCAGACCUGGCUGGCCGAAGAGGCACUGAGGACUCGGGGUUUGCUGGCAGCACCCAAGGAUUUCACCCACCGUUUUACUACUUUAAGCGAUCUGCUGAACAAGGACUAUCAGCCGGUGGUCGGCCAGUCACCCACGACGGCCACGUCCACGGCAACGACGACGACAACGAGCCCAUCGUAUGCCAAGCAGACCACAACGAACCGUUCCAGCGAUGUACAGUACAAACAACAACAACAGCAACAACCUCAUGGAGGAUCUGCUGGAGCGCCAGUAGCUCCAGGCUCCAGCUCCAGCUCCAGCUCCACCUCCACUGGAGUGGCGGCAGCCUUCAACAUGCGUUACCCAACACCGACAGCCUUCUACCAGCAGCAGCAAUCGAAGGCGGCCAAGUCGUCGCCGUCGCCACAGCAGAUGGCCACCAGCUCCACCAGCUCCAUGGCCUGCAUCUCCCUUGAGUCGGGCAGCGGUGGCGAUGACAGCUGCAAGCGCAGCUCGGCGGACAGCGACGAGGUGACCAUCGUGGAGCUGCCCAGCGAGCGGAGCGCCCAGCUCUACAAGGAGUCGCUGGAGCAGCUGCUGCAGCGGCGACGCAUCAGCAGCAACAGCAGCAGCAGCACCCCCGGCGUGGGCCCAGCCACUGGCGGCGGUGGAGUCAUUGUCGAUGCCACCGGCCUGCGGCAGUAUACACAGCUGCUGCUGUCGGGUGCCGGCACACCGGUCAGCUGCACGGACACGUCGAGCAGCUGCAAGGAGAAGAGCUCCUCCUCGUCUACCUCAUCGACGCCGCCGCCCAGCUCCUCGCUGCUGGCGCAGCAUCAGCAGCUCAGCCAAAUGCUGAAGAGCCCCUCGGAUACGUGCUCCUCGCUGUUUAGCGGCUCGGAGCCCAUCGAGGAGGAGACCCGCUGCGUCGUGUGCAACGCCCACUUCCCCAAUGUGUGGCUGCUCGAGCAGCACGCCGCCCUGCAGCACCCCCACGUGGGGCCCGGCGAGGAGAAGCCCUUCAUCUGCGAGCAGUGCGGCCAGUCGUACCGCUACCGCAGCGCCUACGCCAAGCACAAGGAGCAGAAUCACCGGGCCCGCCUGCCCGCCGACAAGCUCUUCACCUGCGACGUCUGCGGCAUGCAGUUCCGCUACCUGAAGAGCUUCAAGAAGCACCGCCUCAAUCACGCCCUCGAGCGACUGCACGGCAAGAAGACCAUCGGAGUGGUCGGCCGCCUCGGUGGCUCCCUCUCUGUGUCGGUAUCGACUCCCGCAUCGGCAUCGGCAUCGGCAUCGGGCGGUCCCGUCGUGUCCACGCAAAUGGACCAGGAUGUGGUGACCAGCUCCCAGGAGCCGAUGCUGGCGGAUGAGGGCGAGGAUCUGCGGGUGAAUGUAAAGCGCGAGGGCUCAGACGAGACCCAUCCAGAAGCUGGCAGUGGCUUGGGCGGGGGCGGCGGCGGCGGCGGCAGCGAAGAGCAUGAACAGGACAACACCAUCGACUCGGCGGGUAUCACGAUGCUCUAUCAGGACAACAACUCCUCGGCCUCGGCCUCCACCAGUGCCACGGAGCCGAACAUCAGCAGCUCUGAUGGCAUUCAUAGUACAAACAAGCGGUCGCGACUGCACCACUUGGAAACGGAUCCCUCCUACCCACACCACCAUCACCACCACCAACAUCACCACCAUCACCAGCAGCAGCAGCAGCAGCAGCAGCAGCAGCAACAGCAGCAGCAGCAGGCACACGACUACAAGCUGUACGAGCGCGACAACAUCAUUGCCGCCUCCAAAUACGCCACGCCCAAGUCCGUCGAGCAGCUGACCAUCAAUGGAGGCGGCAGUCCACAGAUCUAUGCGCCCACCGCACAGGUGCUGGGCCAGCGCAUCGCACCGCAGAAGCACUCGCCCGUGUACGAGAAUCUCGAGUUCUACGGCCAGUUUGACUCGAAUCACAAGCGGGCCCAGCCGCAGAGCCCGGGCAGCCGGCAGAGCGCCAUGCUGAACGAUUAUCUGCUAAUGCAACCGAUUGGCGGCGGACGCUUUGCCCAUACGCCCGUGCCCGAGACGGUGGCGGUGACGCUAGCUGCCCGCGAGCCUCUGGAGGAAAUGGUGGCGCCCAUAUACGAGAACAUCAUACCGCAUUCGGGGCAGCGUGCCCAGCCGCAGGCAUCGCCGGCCACGGCCACCAUGUACCAGGAAAUGCCUGGCAAUGUGGCCGCUGCCUCAUCAUCCACUGGCCUGGAUCUCAAUGCGCUGCUCUCGUCGCCCAUGCACCAGCGCAGCAUCAGCACAAACAACUCACAGCAUGCCGCCGGCCCGGUGGGCUCGCCGACCCAACGGUACAGGAAUCUGUCGCUGCCCAGUCAUCUGAGUCCCGUGCCACCGCCCUCAUCCUCGUCGACGUCGCCCCUGCCAAUGUCCGUGUCCAAGCUGCAGCAGCACACACCCAUCAAGCAGCAAUCGGCUGGAGGCCACGGUGGCAUCAAUGUAUCGGUGAAUCCCAACUACAUUGAGGACAUCAACAGCUCGGACUAUGUCUGCAUGACGGCCAAUCUGCAUCGCAAUACGCUGGCUGCAUGCAGCAGCAGCUGCAGGCAUACCGGCAGGGCAGCACAGCCAGCAACAGCUUCCGCAAUGCCACAGCGAGCAGUCCAGGAGACACCAACAGCAGCAGGAGUAGCAGCAGCAGCAUCAGCGUCGUCCACAGCAAUAGCAUCGCUGCGUGCCACACCCAUAGCGAUGUCAGCACCCUUGGCAGUGGCCACAUCGCCCACGCCCUCACAGGGCAGCACAGCGGUCAAUGCCGCAUUGCGACCCCGAAAAGGUCUAACCAAGAAUCUGCUGCCGUAUAGCGUGACACCGCCGCGUCCGGCUGGUCCGACAGAGGCGCAGCGUAAAAUCGAGGAGCUCACACGACAGCUGGAGGAGGAAAUAGAGCAAAGUGAGGAACAUGGCGAGUACUUUGGCAUUUGUCACACUUGCGGGGAGAAGGUGAAGGGUGCCGGACAGGCGUGUCAGGCCAUGGGUAAUCUUUAUCACACGAAUUGCUUCAUUUGCUGCUCCUGCGGCCGAGCGUUGCGUGGCAAGGCCUUCUAUAAUGUGCAUGGACGUGUCUACUGCGAGGAGGAUUACAUGUAUUCGGGCUUCCAGCAAACGGCGGAAAAGUGCGCCAUUUGUGGGCAUUUGAUAAUGGAAAUGAUCUUGCAAGCCAUGGGCAAGUCGUAUCAUCCGGGCUGCUUCCGCUGCUGCGUAUGCAACGAGUGCCUGGACGGUGUGCCAUUCACCGUGGAUGUGGAUCAUAAGAUCUACUGCGUCAAUGACUAUCAUCGCAUGUUCGCGCCAAAAUGCGCCAGCUGUGGCAAAGGCAUUACACCCGUUGAGGGCACCGACGAGACCGUGCGUGUUGUGUCCAUGGACAAGGACUUCCAUGUGGAUUGCUACAUAUGCGAGGAGUGCGGCAUGCAGCUGACAGAUGAGCCGGAUAAGCGUUGCUAUCCAUUGGACGGGCGCUUGCUAUGCCGCGGCUGUCACCUGCAGCGUCUGGCCCUGCAAUCAUCACCGCACACACGCCACCAGGAGCCAGUGUGUGCCUCCUAUCAGUAUAUGGGCUAAAGACUGCACCUGCCUGCCCGUCUGCCUGCCUCCUCCUUCUCCCACUACACCACUGACUGAGAGAGCGAACAACAAAAUUAUUCCAAUAUCAAAAUAUUAUCUUAAACAAAAUGAGAAGACAA